AUGGACGGCGACAGCAAAGUGGAGUUUUCUAGCAGCAGCCUAACCCCCUUGUGGCGGAGACGGUCGACCCCUCAGCCCCAGCCGCUGGGCCGGAGCAAGCCGCGGCCCCAGUCUUACCAGAGCCCCAGCGGGUUGCUGAUCACGGAUUUCCCAGUGGAGGACCGGGCUGUGCUCCCCGCGGCGCAGACUCCAGCCCAGGUGCCCACCUCCUCGGACGGAAGGACGGUCCAGAGGAGCCCCUUGCUUCUCUGCGCCCAUCGGAGGGCGGUGGCCAAUGGUAGGACGGUCUCCCCCGAGUACAGGGCUGCCUCACCUCGGCUCCGAAGAACCAAGUCACCCCAAGUCUCCAAAGCGGCGUCGAGAGGCUCCCCGAAAUCCCCCGCGAAUGGCACGGUGACCUCGCCUGCGCCGCCGCCGCCGCCGCGCCCCCCGCGGACUCUUACAGCGCCCGCCCCCUGCGGCCUCGAGGAGGACCCGACCCGGCUGACUGCCAGCCCGGUGCCUUCGCCCACUGCAAAUGGCCUUGAGCCUAAUGACGACUCUCCUGGCUUCGGUUCGCAGUCCGGCCAGGCGGCUAAAGACCCUGAACGGGGACCUCUGAGACUUUCUCCCGCGCCCCAGAAAAUAUCUUCGGAACAAAAACUCCUCCUCCACAGGCUGUCCUCCCAGGAGAGCGAGCUCCCCGAGAAUCCAAACGUGGUUCUGAGCACCAACAGUCCCGCCGCCCUCAAAGUGGGCAAGCAGCAGAUCAUCCCCAAGAGCCUGGCCUCGGAAAUCAGAAUAAGUAAAUCCAGCAGUCACAGUGAGGAGCCCCACAAGAGACUCCUCAAGGUACGCAGCAUCGUGGAGGGCCUCGGGGCACCCCUGGGCCACGCAGGGGACGACGGCGGGGGCGAGAACGACGGCGAUAGCCCCGGGUCUCUUCGGAGGGGCUUGCGGUCCACUUCCUAUCGCAGGGCGGUGGUCAGUGGCUUUGAUUUUGACAGUCCUACCAGCUCGAAAAAGAAGAACAGAAUGUCCCAGCCUGUUCUGAAAGCCGUGAUGGAAGACAAGGAGAAGUUUUCCAGCCUGGGAAGGAUAAAGAAAAAAAUGCUGAAAGGACAAGGAACAUUUGAUGGGGAAGAAAACGCUGUCCUGUAUCAAAACUACAAAGAAAAGGCCCUUGACAUUGACUCUGAUGAAGAGUCGGAGCCCAAAGAACAGAAGUCGGAUGAAAAAAUCGUGAUCCACCAUAAGCUGCCGAGAUCUACAUGGGGCCAGCUCUCUGCGGUGAAGAGAAAUGGAUUAUCUCAAACAGUAAGCCAGGAGGAAAGAAAGAGACAAGAGGCUAUCUUUGAAGUCAUAUCUUCUGAACAUUCAUAUUUGCUGAGCUUGGAGAUCUUGAUACGAAUGUUUAAAAAUUCUAAAGAACUGAAUGAUACAAUGACUAAAACUGAGAGGCACCAUCUUUUCUCCAAUAUUUCAGACGUCUGUGAGGCAAGCAAAAAAUUCUUUACAGAGUUGGAAGCAAGACAUCAGAAUAAUAUCUUCAUAGAUGAUAUAAGUGACAUUGUGGAAAAGCACACAGCAUCCACAUUUGACCCGUAUGUGAAAUACUGCACAAAUGAAGUCUACCAACAACGAACACUACAAAAAUUGUUAGCCACCAAUCCAUCCUUUAAGGAAGUGUUGUCAAGGAUCGAGUCCCAUGAAGACUGCAGGAACUUACCCAUGAUCUCUUUUCUCAUUCUCCCCAUGCAGAGGGUGACCCGCCUUCCCCUGCUGAUGGAUACCAUCUGUCAAAAGACACCUAAGGACUCUCCAAAGUACGAAAUCUGCAAAAGGGCCUUAAAGGAAGUGAGCAAGUUGGUUCGACUGUGCAAUGAAGGAGCCCGGAAGAUGGAAAGGACCGAGAUGAUGUACACGAUUAACUCCCAGCUGGAAUUUAAAAUUAAGCCUUUUCCUUUAGUCUCUUCUUCCCGGUGGUUGGUGAAAAGAGGAGAGUUGACAGCCUAUGUGGAGGACACGGUGCUCUUCUCAAGAAGGAUGUCCAAACAGCAAGUCUACUUCUUCCUUUUUAAUGACGUGCUCAUUGUCACCAAGAAGAAGAGUGAAGAAAGCUACAACGUCAAUGAUUAUUCCUUAAGAGAUCAACUAUUGGUGGAAUCUUGUGACAAUGAAGAGCUUAAUUCUUCUCCAGGGAAGAACAGUUCCACAAUGCUUUAUUCAAGACAGAGCUCUGCCAGUCACCUCUUUACUCUGACAGUCCUUAGUAAUCAUGCCAAUGAGAAAGUGGAGAUGCUGCUGGGGGCCGAGACACAGAGUGAGCGUGCCCGCUGGAUAACCGCCCUGGGACACAGCAGUGGGAAGCAGCCUCCCGACAGAACCUCUCUGACUCAGGUGGAAAUCGUCAGGUCGUUUACUGCCAAGCAGCCGGAUGAGCUCUCCCUGCAGGUGGCGGAUGUGGUCCUCAUCUAUCAGCGUGUUAGUGACGGAUGGUAUGAGGGGGAACGACUGCGCGAUGGAGAAAGGGGCUGGUUUCCUAUGGAGUGUGCCAAGGAGAUAACAUGUCAAGCUACAAUUGAUAAGAAUGUGGAGAGAAUGGGACGUUUACUGGGACUGGAGACCAACGUGUAACCUCUCAGAUGGCCUUUUGUUACUGCAAGAUUUGCACUGCAUAAUAGUGGGCUGGUUGAUUCUGGACUGGUUGUAUUGUUAAUUUUAUCACAGCCUAUUUAAUUAAAAGAAUAAAAACACUUGCCUUUAAGCUUG